AUGACGGAAAAGAUGUUGGAAUCUCAAAGAAAUAUGAUGGCUCAGUUGACCCAAGUACUAACUGGUGGAGUAGAUAAGGGAAAGGGCCUUAUGGCCAAUCCCGGGGAAGAUAGUGAGGAGCCGAUGUAUCCUCUGGGUUUUACUCCACCAAAUGUACAGACCCAAGCUGAAAUGCACCCGCGGAGACCAUCUGUCACAAUUGGGCCUCAACAAUUUCAGGCCGGUGCUUCAAUGCCAAUGAACUUUCAAGCUGGAUCAGGUUCAAACCCAGGAGAUAACCCAACUAAUCCUGUUAUACCUGACUUUGAUGAAGUGACUGAAAAGGAAAAAGUGAAGGCGGAAUUGCCAAAGCAGCUGGAGGACAGAUGUAAAUGGUUAGAGGAAAAAUUCAAAGCAAUAGAAAAUGUUGAUUACUAUUGCGGGGUUAAUGCCAAGGAUCUGAGUUUGGUUCCAGACCUAGUACUCCAGCCGAAAUUCAAGACUCCCGAAUUUGAAAAAUAUAAUGGGACUAGUUGUCCUGAAGCUCACAUCACGAUGUUCUACCGAAGAAUGACAGGAUAUGUUAAUAACAACCAAUUAUUAAUUCAUUGCUUCCAAGAUAGUCUGAUUGGGUCGGUUGCCAAAUGGUACAACUAG